AUCGUGUCUCGUGCCUCUCCGGAUUCCAUCCGAACCCAAAGUGUGAACUUGAUCUUGGAUGCUGGAGGUGCGCUUGUGGACCGGACCCGGCCGCCCCCGCUGAAAAUCGAUGUAUCGAUUGGUGGCGGUGGUGUGGGAGUUGGAGGUUUGGUUCGCCGGUGGCGGCAAGUUCACUCUUCCUUCCGAUUGCGACUGAAGCGGAGGUUCUUACUUCCGGUUUAACUAUUCUUCCGACCAAACGAUGACCGAUCGCAUCGGAUACAAAGUCAUCGUCGUCGGCGAUCCCAACGUCGGCAAGACGUCCCUGACCUACCGCUUCUGCGAGGGUCUUCCGCUCGGUCACUCCAUCAUCACCGUCGGCGUCGAUCUUCGCCUGAAGAUGAUCCUGCUCGAUGAUCAACUGGUCACGCUGCAGAUCUGGGAUACUGCCGGAAUGGAGAGACACGAUUCGAUGGUGCAGAGCUACUACAGGAAGGCGCACGCCGUGGUCAUCAUGUACGACGUCACCAACAGGCAGUCCUUUGACAAUCUCCAGUACUGGUUGACAGAGUGCGGUCGUUUCGCGAGCAGCGACAUCGUCAAGGUGAUGGUGGGCAACAAGUGCGAAGAAGGGGCGGUCCGAGCUGUCAGCAAAUCCGAGGCUCAGCGUUUCGCCGAUGACAACGAGAUGCCGCUGUUCGAGACGUCUGCUAAGUUGGAGUCUGAGGUGGAGAACAUCGAGACCAUCUUCAGGACGAUCGCCCACAAGCUUCUGCACGAGCGCAACAUUCGCAUUUCGGACUGCGUCAUCUUGCAGGAACGCCCCAUGGAGGACGAAUUGGCCAAUUGCGUAUGUUAAAUAUACAAACACACACACACAUAAGCUGCGCACAUUCCGCAGGAGUCCUCCUCAUCGGCGUUGCCAAAAUCAACAUUCAAAUAUAUAUCUUUUUUUUUGAUAUAAUUUCACGAUUCAAUGCAGCUGAAUUAUGGACCACAUAAACUAGUAGUGCGUAGCGUCCAGUGGCUGAUCGGACACCUCUGAUAUCAGCAUCAAAUCCUACAAUCUCCAAAUUAUAAUAGAAAAAACCAAAAUUGAUACUAUAAUUCUGACAACACCUCGAAACAUAUCUGUCAUUUUGACAUUUUAAACUGUCACUAAUAGGGAUUUGGUGCUAAUCACGGAUUGUCUCAACUGUCAUCAACGAUUUUCAGAUGCGAUUUUAUCUAUCUCUUCGUCAUUCUUCAGUUUUUUUUUUACAAUUGAACGGUAAUCUUUGAUAUCGAAACACUUUACGUGCGUCGACACGCACACUCGUAAUUUACAGUACAACCAAAUUUCAGGUAAUUUCUUCGCGCCGAUGAAGCAGAAAGUACAAAGAUAUACAACAAACAAAAGUCGGUCGAUUUAAAGGGUGAAACUCAGGAAUUUUCCAGUUCAAUCAUUUGAAAUUUUUUUUAAAUAUUUUUUUUUAUAAAUGAUCAAAGAACUAAUAAUGAACGUACAAUAUCGAUUAAUUCGAGACGUAUAAUGCUUUUGAAAUUGAAUAUAUAAUUAUGGUCCAAUCCUAAUUGGAAUAUCGAUCUUCUGUAAUCCGCAUUCAGGGUCGUAGCACAAGGGGUUCAGUUCACUGCGUUCAACUAAUUAAUACAAACAUACAAACGUUAAUUAGUUAAACGACGUUCAUUCAAUUAU